GUAUAUGUUUAGUUUACUUCACGGAUCUUUAUUUAAAACAAACGCGUAUAUAAUUACAUCAUGUACAUACACUUUUAACGUUUUUCCGGCGCAAUAACUGAGUUGUAAUUUUUAACCCAACAACCAUCUCCUGUUUUAAUGAAUUCAAGCAAAACUGAUGCUGACCGACAGUCAAAACGGCUCCGAACGGGUACUUAACUUAAAGAAGGACAACAGCAAUGCCGGCACCGCCGCUCCAGCACGGCCAGCAUCAGCAGCAGCAGCCAAGAGGAUGAAGCUCGAGGACACGCGCUUCCAAUGCGUCGUCUGUCAGUCGUCCAAGGUAUCAUUGUCGGAGUUGCACUGGCACCAGACCUAUCAGCACAGCACAGAGGAGCUGUCUCUCUCGGUGAUAGGCUGGAAGGGCCUGGUCAAGAUAGUCAGUGCUCCAAAAAAGUCCUCGUCUUCCCAAAUGGAAAAGGAGAACACGGAGCAACGUUCCAUUUGGAGCAGCCUUUCUAAAAAGCCUUCCCAGUUUUAUUACCUCUCCAGUAGUAUAUUGAGGGUCAAUGGUGAUCAGGGUGACAAUACCGAGUCGCCCAUCGAUUGCACUGUACAAUUGAGCAAAGCGAGAACCGACGAUGAGAUCGUUGUUCACAAUGGUUUGCUAAACGAAGUGGAGCCCGUGGAAGAAGUGAUAGAGUUGGAAACAGAAGACGUGGAAGAGGAAGGAGUCGAGGAGGGAGUGCAAGAAAUCGAGGAGGAAGUGCAAGAGGUCGAGGAGGAAGUGCAACAAGUCGAGGAGGAAGUGCAAGAGGUUGAGGAGGAAAUUGAAGAAGUUGAGGAGGAGGAGGAGGAGGAGGAGGAGGAGGAGGAGGAGGAAAGGGAUCGAGGUGUACAAAUAGCCAUUGUACCUAAAAGCUGCUCCGUUCCAUUAGUCAGAGUGGAGAGGUAUAUUGAUAUCCCUAUAGUGCCAAAGGAAGUGGUGGUGAAGGGUGAAGUUGAAAGCGAAGAGGAGGAAGAGUUGAGGGGAUUCGAAAAGAGUUCCAUAGAUGUAAGUUUGUUUGAUAGGUUUAUUGACAUGAGGGUGCUCAAAAAAGAGCUCUGUUGGACUAGAGAGAUCAGUAUGGAAGACUUUGUGCGGAGUGCUAAUGGUCUGUGUCAUGAACUUGAAGAUUAUAAACGGCUGUCUGCUUUAAAAAAGUCACUGAGGAGAAAAAAUAUUUUGUGA